AUGGACGACUCAGAACUGAAUGCCAUCAGGGCAGCCAGGCUACAGGAACUGCAAAAGCAGAACCAACCAGUGACUAACCCUGUCAGCAACGACGCGCAAUCGGGGAUCAUGAACCAGGUGCUGGAACCAAGUGCUAAGGAGAGAAUUUCACGGGUCCGUUUGGUUAAGCCAGAGCGUGCCAAGGCAGUGGAGGAUUAUAUUGCUCGUUUGGUACAGACCGGGGCAUUGCGCAGGAAGCUGGGAGAGGAGGAGGUGAUCGAGAUGUUGAACGGGCUGGCGCAAGACGAAAAUCGCCAGCGCGAAACCAAAAUCCGGUUUGAGAGGAGACAACUGGACGAGGAAGAUGAUUUUUUUGAUUAG